AUCCCGUCCUGCUCCGCGGCGCUGGGCAAGAUGGCUGCUGAGAAACAGGUUCCUGGUGGCGGCAGCGGUGGUGGCAGCGGCGGGGGCGGCGGUAGCGGCGGUGGACGCGGUGCCGGAGGAGAGGAAAAUAAGGAAAACGAACGACCAUCAGCCGGAUCGAAGGCAAACCAAGAAUUCGGGGAUAGCCUGAGUUUGGAGAUUCUUCAGAUUAUUAAGGAGUCCCAGCAGCAGCAUGGUCUACGGCACGGAGAUUUUCAGAGGUACAGGGGCUACUGUUCCCGUAGACAAAGACGCCUCCGGAAAACACUCAACUUCAAGAUGGGGAACAGACACAAGUUCACGGGGAAAAAAGUUACGGAAGAUCUUCUGACCGAUAACAGAUACUUGCUUCUGGUGCUGAUGGACGCUGAAAGAGCCUGGAGCUACGCCAUGCAGCUCAAACAGGAGGCCAACACCGAGCCCCGGAAACGGUUCCACUUGCUGUCUCGCCUGCGCAAAGCCGUGAAGCACGCGGAGGAGCUGGAGCGGCUGUGUGAGAGCAACCGGGUGGACGCCCAGACCAAGCUGGAGGCCCAGGCUUACACGGCCUACCUCUCGGGGAUGCUGCGGUUCGAACACCAGGAGUGGAAGGCUGCCAUUGAGGCUUUUAACAAGUGCAAGACCAUCUACGAGAAGCUGGCCAGCGCGUUCACGGAGGAGCAGGCCGUGCUGUACAAGCAGCGCGUGGAGGAGAUCUCGCCCAACAUCCGCUACUGCGCGUACAACAUCGGGGACCAGUCAGCCAUCAGCGAGCUCAUGCAGAUGCGGCUGAGGUCCGGGGGCACUGAGGGCCUGCUGGCCGAGAAACUGGAGGCCCUGAUCACGCAGACCCGAGCCAAGCAGGCCGCCACCAUGAGCGAGGUGGAGUGGAGGGGGAGGACGGUCCCGGUGAAGAUCGACAAAGUGCGGAUCUUCCUGCUGGGGCUGGCCGACAACGAGGCGGCCAUCGCGCAGGCCGAAAGCGAGGAGACCAAGGAGCGGCUGUUCGAGUCCAUGCUCAGCGAGUGCCGGGACGCCCUGCAGGCCGUUCGCGAGGAGCUCAGGCCGGACCAGAAACAGAGAGAUUUCACCCUUGACGCGGAGUCGGGGAAGGUAUCUAAUCUUCAGUACCUGCACAGCUACCUGACUUACAUCAAGCUGUCGACGGCCAUCAAGCGGAACGAGAGCAUGGCCAAAGGGCUGCAGAAGGCCCUGCUGCAGCCGCAGCCGGAGGAUGACAGCAAGCGCGCGCCCCGGCCCCAGGACCUGAUCCGGCUCUACGACAUCAUCCUGCAGAACCUGGUGGAGCUGCUGCAGCUCCCCGGCUUGGAGGAGGACAGAGCCUUCCAGAAAGAGAUCGGCCUCCGGACCCUGGUGUACAAGGCCUACAGGUGUUUCUUCAUCGCCCAGUCCUACGUGCUGGUGAAGAAGUGGAGCGAGGCCCUGGUGCUGUACGACCGAGUCCUGAAGUAUGCGGACGAAGUGACUGCGGGCGCGGGGGCCUUCAGGAACAGCCUGAAGGACCUGCCCGACGUGCACGAGCUCAUCACCCAAGUGAGGUCCGAGAAGUGCUCUCUGCAGGCCGCCGCCAUCCUGGAUGUGAGUGACUCCCACCAAACAGAGACCACCUCUCAAGUCAAGGACAACAAGCCCCUGGUGGAACGGUUCGAGACAUUCUGCCUGGACCCGUCGCUCGUCACCAAGCAAGCCAGCCUCGUGCACUUCCCGCCAGGCUUCCGGCCCAUCCCCUGCAAGCCCCUGUUCUUUGACCUGGCCCUCAACCACGUGGCCUUCCCGCCGCUGGAGGACAAGCUGGAGCAGAAGGCCAAGAGCGGCCUCACGGGCUACAUCAAGGGGAUCUUCGGGUUCCGGAGCUAACCGGGCUCUCCCGUGGGGGCAGGGGCGGUUCUGGCUCGGUGUGUAUUGUGAGGAAACCCCCGCGAGCUCCGCCACAUUAAACCCAGGCCCGCAUCGGCCCGGGGCGGGAGUGUGACGGCCUCGGCCCCGCGUCCCUUGUCUCGUGUGUGUGUGUGCACCUCCAUCCCGGACCGGCGGCUGGGGUGCCCUGCCGUCCUCCGGUCCGCGUGCGCGGGCCCCACUGUCCACCGCUCCCGGGGGCGGGCACGGCUGUCCGGUCCCGAGUGAGCUGUGACCUCCUGUGGUCCGUGGGUGUUCAGGGAGGAGGCUCGAGCCAGGUGGAGGUCGGGGUUUGGGACGGGUCGGCCCGUCUGCUCAGCACCCCGGGUUUGAAACGCGCUCCUCCUCGCCACAAGCACCCAGGCCCCUGGGGAAGUUCGACCGGACACGCCAGCCCCGGCUCCCCAGAACUGCAGGCAGCCUUACCCGUCACCGCCAGCCGGGAGCAGUUUCCGAACAAGCAAAGAGCUCUAUUUUUAGAAGAAAUGUGUUACACUCAGAAAUGAUGAAAACAAAUCUUAUAUUAAAAGGCAAAGACGUUGGA